CCCCGAACACCUUUCGCACGAAUGAUAAAGGAAUGUGGUAUGAUCAGAUGCGUGGUCCCAAGAGGUAGCAGCACUGCAAAGCUGCUGAGAGCAGCCAAUCGAAGAUAUACAUCCCCCGCAAUACCAACCACCCUUGACGAGCUUGAGAGAGAAUAUGGGGUCUCGAAACCCGACCCCAUUCCCUCGCCGGAUACCGGUCGCCCCGUGAAGAAGCAGACGCCUCCUAAGAAUUCUAUUGAUGGAUACUCGAAGAAAGUAGAGGGAAAAGAGUUACAAGAUGGAGAGCAAGGGGUGGAACAAGCUACAAGUCGGCAUGGCGGCUCCAAUGGCAAACCUGCAAAGCGUCGAGAACUCCCUAUAUCGCCGUACAUGGAUCCGCAUUACAUCUCCACCAAGGAGAAAUACUAUGGACCGAAAUCGCCCCCUGCAAAGAAUCCCACCGAAUUCCAAAAGGCCCUUUCUAAAAACCCAUAUGCUCUCGCGCUUGCGACACCUGUUCGUACAUGCCAUGCUACCGGGACCCUCUUACCCCGAUACUUCCUGCAAGACUUUGGUGUUAUGGGACACCCCGAGACAAAGGAACCGUAUUGGGUGCCUAGGAGUCUUACGAGCAAAUACUACAGUGGUCCCAUGGCGGAGAGCGAGAGCGCGGAUUCUACCACCCCGGGGUCUGCCCUUGGGGACGGGGAGAGCAAGAGUGAUGAAUCUGGUGCCGAGGAACAAUUGCAUAUGGAAUCCACUGACUCUUCUCGCUUUGCUGUGAAAGAAGCGUCCUCAUCUUCACCUUCGCUCGGUCCCCGUGCCUACACCCUAGCCCGCAAAGCUCUAGUUGAGGGUUUCUCCAAAGGUGGCUUUCUAGAAAAGGGUCGAUACUUAGCGACAGCGGCUGGCACUCGACCACGUGACCGACCAGUGCUUCGGAGGAUCGUGGAAGGUGCAAGAGUGAGGCCCGACAUGGCUGGUUUCAUGCUGGAGUUGAUGAGGAGAAGGGUGGUGGAGGAAUUUGAAUAUCUGGUACCGCUGAAGGUUUACAUACGAGCUUGUAAAAGCUGGGACGAUGCGACCAAGUCUUCGAGACAACCCGGCGCUCUUUUAUGGACGGGCCCGAUAAGGAGUGGAGAAUUGGAGGAAGAGCCCGCUGAUGACAAGGAAGCCCAAAUCCGUGGGCCGCCCGAAUUUGCGACACUAAAGAUAGGGACAGUGAAAUCGCGAAAAGUUCCAGUCCAUAAUCUGGAGACGUUGCUGGGGAAAGACCAUCUUCAGAGAUUAAAGGAGAAAUGUCCUCUCUUUGACGCGGAGAUAUUGAUGAUUAGGCAUAAGAACGUGACGGUUGAUAUUCAACUCAAGUUGUGGAGGUUGCAGGGUUAUUUGGCAAAGUAUGAGCAGUUCUUGGAUUAGAUACGAAUCUUUGCUUUGCCAGUGGACCGAGGUGAAGCAUUUGUAAGAAUAGAUCUUGGCGGAAACGAGAAGGCGUUAGUCAGGGCAGAGGAGAAAAAGAGAGAAGACAUGAGCGGAGAGGUGAAGAAUCACACAGAGAAAAUGGUGGAAUCACAUUACGGCUAGAGAGGGAGGCAUUUCCGGGCGUUUCAGCUGCCGGACUGAUUUAUAGGAACAGAUAUAUCAUGUACGAAUAUUACUAGCAGUUUGGACUUUGAGUUACGGGAUAUCAUCAUUAUUUCCUUAAAUAUAAACGCCA